AUGGCGCCCCUCGACGACAUCCAGGUCGGUGACCUGGUAAACGUUCCCGGGGGUAUGUAUGGUACUAUAAAGUAUUUGGGAGGGGUGGCUGGCAAACCAGGGAAAUUUGCUGGCAUUGAACUGGCAGCUGAGCAUGCCAGACGAGGGAAGAACAGUGGAGACGUGGAAGGGAAGAAAUACUUCACAACCUCCACCCCCGGCUCGGGCAUCUUCGUCCCCAUGAACAACAAUAAGUACGUCACGAAACGUCUGUCAGCUCCUAGCAUUCCUAGUGUCAACCCUCCGACUCCCUCCCGACCCGUCAACUUCAGCAAAUCCGUCGGCCCGGGCCUGAGCCCCGCGGUUCGAACCCCCCGUCCUGUGAGGCGACCUUCACUUCCUCGAGCUGAAUCCCCACGUGGCCCACCGCCCUCGAAACUGAGUCUCACUGGAUUACGCACUCCGUCGGGGGCGUCCAGAAGUUCGAAUGGCCAUCCACGGAGUCCAGUCAAGGCACCGUCCCGCACUUCGACCAGCCGGCCGCCCUCUCGCCUGAGUGUAGACGAUGACGCUCAAUCUACGAGGUCCUCGGAUGUUCAGCGGAAGGCGAUGGCUGCGGAGGUGCAGGAGCUGACGGACCAAGUUAGGAGUCUGGAGAAGCAGCUCCUGGACCGCGACAAACAGUUGGAUGAACAGGCAAACGCGUUAUCCGAAUUCCAGAGAAUGCUGGAGGAGUUUGAGGGGUCUGAUUCUCUUUCCAUUCGUGCUCAGUUGCGCGAUAAGAAUGAGAGGAUUGCUCAGCUGACGACGGAGUUCGACCUCCAUCGGGCCGACUUCAGGAGCACUUUGGAUACCUUGGAAGUGGCUGCAGCCGAAACCGAGCGGGUAUAUGAACAGCGCCUAGAUGAACUGAUGCAGCAAAACAAAGAGCUGCAGGAUCGGGGAGAAGAUGUUGAAGCCGUUGCAAGGCAACUUAAGCAGCUGGAAGAGUUGGUCUCAGAAUUGGAGGAGGGUCUGGAAGACGCGCGCCGUGGGGAAGCUGAGGCGCGAGCAGAAGUCGAAUUCCUAAGGGGCGAGGUCGAACGAACGAAGCUCGAGUUGAAGAAGGAGCGUGAAAGCUCUUCUCAUGUGGUCGGGGAUGGGCAACAGCAUUCAAGAGAGCUUGACCAGAAAGAUGAUGAGAUCCGCGGUCUGAAGGCCAUUAUCCAUUCUUUAAGUCGGGGUGAUCCCGAUUUGCAUGCACUUGAGCAGAAUGAGCUUGGGGGACCUCAAACGGAGUAUGAUUCAGAGCAUGUAGCCCACUUGGAACGGCGGGUCGAAGAAUUCGAACGCAUGACGGAACGGAAGACUUUCCGUAUUGAAGAACUUGAGCAUGAGCUUCAGCAGUUACAAAUCAAUGGUGACAACUAUCCUCGCAAUCCCACCACCAAUGGUUCACACACCUACCAUAAAUCUUCAAGCUCCGUUGGAAAGACCGGCGGUGAGCAUACCGUCAACCAUGCUCAUCGGUUAUCUGACCGCACUGUGGUCCCAGGUGACUGGCAUGAUCAACCACAGCAUGAUGAACAAUAUCAGGCUUAUCCUGGACGACUCCGUAGCACUUCGGGAUCUUCUCAUCAGCGCCUGGAGACUAUGCAUGAAUCUGAUGCCCGAUCUGAUGACGGUGCUUCCUUGUGGUGUGAGAUAUGCGAAACCGGUGGUCACGAUAUUCUGAGUUGCACCAAUAUGUUUGGCGCCGAGCAAAAGAACAAGAGCAACACCGAUACCAAGGAGCCCUCUCAAGAGGACUCAGCUGAUGAAAAGUUCACACCAGAGACAUCGCCUGCUCCCGAGUCGGCACAAUCCAAUCAUGAGGACAGCACGGCCCCUCAGAAAACCGGCCGCGAUGUCGUUUUGGAAGGGUUGAAAGGAGUUGCGACGACAUCUUCCUUGGCUCCUGUGGCAGGCAAGGCAAGCGGAGCCGUUGACGAGUCGAAGUGGUCCGUACACACAAAACGCUUCUCCCACACAAUCUCUCCACAGUUCUUACAGUACCACCGCAGAAUAUCAACCGCACCUUCAGCUCUAGGUUGUUCCAUCACAACACCCACGGUAUCCUUGAACCGCACCGGACAUCAUGUAAUCAUGGCAACCUCACAACCCCCUCUCCGCUUUACCGGGCAUAAAAACUUUGUGUAUCGCUUAGUUUUUGCAACCUUGACUGGCCGUACGGUGCAUAUCUCUCAGAUCCGCCCUUCGUCUCCUACCAACCCGGGUCUUGCUCCGCAUGAAAUUUCCUUCCUUCGUCUUCUCGAGGCUGUCACCAAUGGCUCCCAACUUGAAAUCUCCUAUACAGGAACAAUUGUGGUCUACAAACCUGGUCUGAUUACUGGAAGUGGUGCAGGUGCAGCUCCUGUAAAGGUCCUCUUUACUGGCCCUGGUGUGAUCACUUCAUCUACGCCAACAGGUGAUAUGUCCGUGGACAGCGUGCGAACCGCGAUUUUGCCGCUCUACAAUCAAUUCGGAAUAUUCAACAACGUCGAACUCCGCAUCCUACGAAGAUCUAACCCUGGACAUAAUGGCAGAGGAGGUGGCGGAGAAGUUCAGCUGGUUUUCGGCCACCAAGUGCGUCUCCCGAAAACUCUUCAUAUGAUGAACCCGGGUAGAAUAAAGAAGAUUCGUGGUGUGGCGUAUGCCGUCGGUGUCUCAGCGUCCAACAACGCACGAAUGAUCGAAACCGCUCGUGGGGUUCUCAACCCGCUUGUGCCGGAUACUUACGUUUUUUCUGAUGUCUCCUCCGCCCCGCUGGUCCCUGCCCCGGAGAAGAGCAAUCCUUCGGCUAAGAAGAAGAUCGGCCUUGGAUUUGGUUUGUCGCUGGUCGCAGAGUCCUCGACGGGUUGCCUCUUUUCUGCGGAUGUGGCAUCCCCACCUUCAGGUGGCCAGGCUCCUGAGGAUAUUGGAAAGCAGUGCGCUUAUCAGCUGCUUGAAACCAUCUCGAAAGGCGGUUGUGUUGCUCCCGCAGCAGCGACGACCAUGCUGGGUCUUAUGACAAUGGGCUCAGAGGAUGUUGGCCGGCUUCAACUUGGCCGUGAUGUGAUUGCCGACGAAGGUGUAAUCCAGCUGGCGAGAGACUUAGCGAAAUUUGGCGCACCUGGUUGGGGUCUUAGAGAUGCUCCUGGAGAAAAUGAGCGUGGUGACGUCGUUGUCAGCGUGGUUGGAAGGGGUAUCGGAAAUGUUGGACGAAAGGUUGCUUGA